AUGCCUCGCCCUUCACGAAUAGAUUUAUCGGACGAUAAGAGCGAUACCAGCACGGAUCUCCCCGAUAUCUUCUUAAACGAUACUUCCGAGGACGAUUCCUCCUCCAGCGACCCCGAUCUAGGCAGCGGUGUCGAAUCGGAUGAUGAAUCUGAUAAUAACUCAAUCCUUGAUAAUAAAGACGAACAACCUACACCGGAGUACUACCUCUAA